ACCAGCAAACAACGAACUCGAUCGUACUCGACUUUCGCCCAGAAAUGUUACGUUUAACGGUGUUGGCGGUGCUGGUGCUGUGCGCGGCCCUCGGGACACCUGUGGCCGCGGGACCAACCAUCCGACGGGAUGAUACAUCGAAUACCGUCGCGACGGUCUCGGCCGAUACGACGGCUACCGAGACGAAACCAACACCAGCGGCUGCUGCUCCAUCAUCGGCUCCAGAGACUGCUGCCCCGAGUAAGCCGAGUGUACAAUCAGAGACCAGCCCAGGAACUACCACCCAGGGUAGCACAUCGGCAGCAUCCUCGACGACAACGACGGUGGCACCAACCAGCCCGUCUCCGGUAACGACGACAAAGAAAUCGCGCAAGACGAUCACCUUCGAUCAGCGUCAGGAGGGCGAGUACAACAUACGGGCCGAUCUCGAGAACUUUGUCAUCGUGGUCGUACCAUCCGGAUCAUCCUCCGGAGCAUCGUUGCUCGAUCUGCUAACCCGUUCGGCGAUACAGAAGAAGGCAGCGGAAGCGGCCAUCGCUGAAAGUGCGGCCGCCCAAUACCAUCACCAUCAUCAUCAUCAUCUGCAGCGUAAACAUCAGUCAUCGAAGCGCAAGAACAAUAAGGCCCAUUCGGCGGCCGCCGGACACAAGAAGGUACCCCAGGUGACACCGGAAGUGAUCGUGCUGGAUGAGGAGCACGGUCAGCGGGCAGUACCGCUACAGGUGGAAGAGUUCAUCGAAGGCCGCACACCGUACAAGGUUGAUCUGUCCAGUGCGAGUGCGCGCAGUGCGGACGUGGCACGAUUGGCCAUGCCGGAACCUAUGGGUAAUGGGGCCUACCCAUCGUUCAGUGAUUCCUUGGCCAGUGGCUCGGAGCAGCAGGCUCGAGCGAUUGUGGCGAGUGUGGUCCGCUUUCCGGACGGCUCAGGUAAUAACCAGCUGGAGCUGAAGCAGCAGCAGCAGCUGGAACAACAGCGAGCUGGCGCUGGACGGGCCCUUCCGUUGGCCGGGUAUGGUACUAACCUCGUAGCCGCUAGUAGAGCCGCCACUAACCACAACAACCUCCUCCUGACCCCUGGUGAUGGUGAUCGCGAUAGCGAGCAUCAUGCGGCUGAUGCUGAUGACGAUGGUGUGCUGUCCUCCUCUUCCUCCUCUUCGCCCUCCUCGGGGCUACUGCUACUGAUGCUUCCCGAACACGCACAACCAUACGGACGUGCUGGCGGCCCGGGGACUGGCGCCGACGGUCGGCUACAGCCAGUGGCCAAGAAUGGUUCCCCUUCUCACGAAUCCACUUCCACCCCGAUCAUCUCCUCCGACAGCCUAGAGUACGAGCCGCUGCGAUUCGACGUCGACAUGACCCAGCUCAAGCUACAACCGGACACUUACGACGACGCUAGCAACGAAGGCGACGGCGACGGCGACGAUGACGCGAUGACAACGGAUGAUGAUGCGCGCGAUGGAUGGGAUGAGCUGCGGCUUCUCGGUGCCACGGAGCAAUGUGGACCCGAUCGGAGGCGAGACAGCUACGGUGUGUGUCAGUUUGUGCGAUCCUGAGAUCUUCCUGCUGGUAUCAAGUAUCCGGAUCCGGGAGUGCCACAGUCCCACAACCCCACAACCGUCUACCUCUCCUGACCGAUAGAAUCUGUUGGACCUCUGGUGCCGAAUCCGCGAGUGCCACCGCGUCACUUGCGCAGCGUUUUGUAAGGUCUUAAGCCUUUUCUCUUAAGCAUUAAGAUAUCUAGAGUAAGAUUAGGAGCCCUUUCGCCCUACGCCUCUCGUUUUUUGCUACAAUGUUCUAUUUAUUGAAGGCCGUUGUGCCAAAUAAAAGUCAUAAAGUAAACCGGUUGUGUGGUGGUUGU